UAUCCCUUAUCACGUUUGCUCUUCGGUGUAGAACUGCCCAUCCGAACAAGUCGGUGGACAUCUGAGAUGGAAAUGUUUGGGAGAUCCUGCAGGCAUCUAGUGUAGAAACUCGCCAUGUUUGACGUUCACCGAUAUCACACCGGAAGUUUAGAAGCGCAUACAGUAACAGCGGAAGUAGAAUUUACGGUUACCGUGCAACGAGGCUAUCAAAAUGGGCCCACUUUGAAAUAAACCAUAUAACCGCAACCUAAAAAGAGUUAAGAUAAGCAACGGGCAGUUUGGAUUUAAUUCUGACUGAAGAUCGUUAGCUGUCUUCCUCUUCGGUUUUAUUCCUCCAAUGCAGCAUCAAGCACCUGUUUUUCCGGGUGUGACUAUGCACACUGAGUUAAAAAACGAAGCAACCCGCACCUCAUCAUGUGACGAGGAACAAUCAAUCACAGCCGAGAGAUAUCUUUACUUCUGUAAACAUAAGUGUGUGGAAAAUACGGGGGGGAAAGUUAAUUUAAGUACAUUUCAGUGCGGGUUUAUCAUUAAAAUCCUUCACUCUCGGGUCUCAGGUGCUGCCGUGUCCGGCACGCACACAUUAUACACACGCAGAGCGGAGGAAAGCAGAGACAGAAAUGCCAUUUUCGAGGAAAACACAGAGUUGUCCCACGGACAAUAUCUUAUUAUAACUUUAAAAACAACAUCCUGGAAAAGUUCAGAUAGUCACAUAGCAACGUAAGGCGCAACCUUCCUCCACGCCCCAAAAGCGGACAUCCAGAGCCAGGUGGACACGUGACUGAUGCUCAUGUAUAUGGCCCCAUAGACGCAUAUUUUUUAUUUGCGUGUCGCAGUAUCACCUCAAAUUCAAGAUACAAAACAUUUUCAACCAUGCAACAAAAUAUAUACAGUCCUACACAUAUAUAUAUUUUAUUUAUUUGUUAUGGGAGCCAGAGCAGAGGGCUUAAAGAGCCGCGGGUUGCCGACCCCUGCCCUAACCAUACAACGUUUUAGAUUUGUAAUCAAAAUAAGCAAAAAUGACAAAAAGAACAGAACAUAACUCUGUUAAAGCGACAUAGUGAGUGCUCCAAUUACAAGUGACACUGCCUUCAUUUCCUAACUGCAGGCAUAGGCGCCGAUACCGUGGGUGCUUCGGGGCCCGAGCACCCACGGAGAUUGCCGAGCACCCACGGAGAUUUAACCGCACACACGGAGAUUGCCGAGCACCCACGAAGAUUUAAACCGUUUAACCGCCAAUGUAGAGCGCAGCUGGCUUACGAAAUGGAGAGAUUUCUGAUAAAACCCCCCAAAAAAACAUCAAGCGAUGCUCAAACUUCCACAAGUGCCCAGUCAACUAACGGUAGGCCUAACGAAGAUAACCAAAGCAGUGAAGGUGUGCGGAAAAAAGGACGGUCAUUUCAGGCUAGUUGGAAGACGAAAUUCCCGUGGAUAGCAUAUGCCACCACCAAAGACAAGGUAUUUUGUGAAGUUUGCACAACUGCUAAAAAAAUGAAUGCUCCGCUUCCAUCAACAACACACGAUCAAGAAUCGUUCAAAGGUUUUGUACAGGAUGGCUUUUCCAGCUGGUCUAAAUCACUGGAACGAUUCAGAUCUCAUGAAAAGUCAAAUUUGCAUCGCAUUGCUGCUAGCAUUGUUGCUGCUGCUAAUGCAGGUGUUAAUGUUGCCGCUUCUAUUUCUGCUGGAAAACUAAAGCAGAUGUCUGAUGCCAGAAUAGCUUUGUUGGCUGUCCUAUCGUCUAUUCAAUAUCUCUCGUGUCAGGGAUUGGCCAUUCGAGGAAAAACAGACCAGGCUUCCAAUUUGAUACAGUUGCUAAACUUACGUGCAGAAGAUAUCCCGGAGUUACAGUCAUGGCUGGCUCGGAAGGAGAGCAAGUGGCUAUCUCAUGACAUCCUCAACGAGAUGACUGAAAUUAUGGCCCAUGAUGUGAUGAGAACGCUAAUUGGAGAAAUUAAGUCUGCUGAGUUUUUCUCUGUGAUUAUGGAUGAGACCGCCGAUAUUACGGUCAAAGAGCAGGUGUCUAUCUGCUUCCGUUUUGUGACUGAAGAUCUGGAACCAGAGGAACUUUUUCUUGGAUUUUAUCAGACAUCAAAAACGACAGCAGAAACCCUUUUUCAGCUUUUAAAAGACGUUUUGGUUAGAUUCUCACUGCCAGUCAGUAAAUGCAGAGGACAAUGCUAUGACGGUGCGUCAAAUGUGUCUGGCAUUAGAACAGGUCUACAGGCUCGCAUGCGGGAGCUGGAGCCCCGAGCACAGUACAUCCAUUGCACUGCUCAUGUUAUGAAUUUGGUUGUGCAUGAUGUCGCCCAAAACAUUCCACCAUGUCGGAACUUCAUGGUACUUAUUCGUGACAUGGUAACACUCAUCAGAAAUUCCCCAAAGCGACUCACCUGGUUCCAAGAGUUUCAAGGCAAAGACGCAUCAUCUUUGAAACCGUUAUGCCCGACGCGCUGGACCAUGACAACGGCCUCGUUACAAGCCAUUGCUUCCAACUACAGCGCGCUACUGGAAUUUCUGGAGGACCUGUCUCUGAACGAAAAAGGUGACGCAGGAGUCAAUGCUGCACUCCAAAAGAGGAGUUUGCACCUACAGAAAGCUAGGCAGAUGGUUGACACGCUCAGAGAAGACAUAAAGUGUCUUCGUGAAGAAGGAUUCCAAGGAUUUUGGGAAAACACAACUGCAGCAGCACAUGACUUGAAUUUGGAGAGCCCAGCUGUGCCAAGGCCAAGAAAAAUACCCCGCCGACUGGAAGAUGGAGGUUUGCCGCACUGCUUUCAAACACCAGAAACAAUGUACCGACAGCAAUUCUUUGAGAUCAUGGAUACAGCGUCAACAUGCCUGGACUGCAGGUUUAGUCCUUCUGUAUUCGAACGCAUGCAAGAUGUUGAGGAUUUUCUGAUCGGGAAGGGUGACUGCAAAAGCAUCAUGGAGUUCUAUAGGGAUGAUUUGGAUGAGAAAAGGCUCAGGCUGCAUCGUGAUAUGUGCAUUGACUUAGCAAAGCAACGAGGAGUUCGCCUAGCUUCUUUUCAAGAUGUAGUGGACUUCCUAAAAGGCAAUCAGGGAGAGCACCUGAGAAUCAUGUUGCCAGAGAUGACCAAACUAGUGAAACUCGCACUGACUGUCCCAGUAACAUCCUGCAGUUCAGAGAGGUCAUUUUCAGGCCUGCGGCGACUUAAAACUUAUUUGAGGUCCACGAUGGGGCAAGCAAGACUGACCCAUAUUGCUGUAUUGAACACUCACAAGGAUGUAUCAAGAAAUAGGAAUCUGGAUGUAAUCGCAGACGAAUUCAUCAAGCGCACUGCUGCGAGGAGUGCCACUUUCCUCAUAAAGAAGUAGCGUCAAUGGUGAGUGAAAACAAAUCCAAUUUUGAUAUUUAGUAGCUGUGUGGGCCUAUGUGUUGAUGGUUAAUUGACUGCAUUUUACUGCGUGGACCUGUAUGCUUUGUGUGUGUAACAACAGCAUUAGAUGGCCGAUUAUAACUUGUUUGGCUGGCGGCGUACGUGUCUCACAGCCACGGUGGUGUCGAAUUUGCGUUGGAUUGUGCACUUGGCCUUAGUUAAUGCGAGUCGUUUUACUAAAUCAUCUUGGUGGAAUUGAUUAUUACUUCAGAUCAUCUACCUGUGCAUCGAACCAUCCUGCCUGCCUCAACGACGACUCUUUUGCCUCUUCCUCGCCGGUACUUCUAUAUCUGACCUGCCUGCCGUGCAUCGAACCUGGACUGUGACUGUGACCAUCGGACUCCUCUACUGCCUUUCCCAUACUGGAUAUUGUUUUAUUUGUUUUUGAACUGCCUACCUGUUUACCGAACAUUUUCAGUAAAGAUUAUUGAUUGCACUCACCCCCUCGUGCGUUUGAAUCCUCAAACUCUGCAUCCAGGGCUCGACAUUAACUUUUUGGCUUACCAGCCAACAUGACUGGUAGAUGAAAAUAAUUACCAGCAUAUUACCAUCAUAUUUUUACCGGCCAAAAUUAAACCUGGCUUUUCAGACCUACUCUGACAUUGUUUGACAUAAACAACCUGUAGCCUAAAUAACCCUAUGGAAGUAGUAUUAUUUACAUUCAUUUGUGCCUAAUUUGAUAUGUGCCUAAAUGAUCAUUUAUUAUUUGAAUAAUUCAUAGAGGCUUAUGCCACCUUCCGUCUUAGAUGCAAAAGACUUUUAUUUUGAUAAAGGUAUCGAAAAUGUGUUUGUCACCGUGGGAACGUGAACUUGUCAUUACGACUUCAGAUCUGGUUACGGAUGGAUGCACAUGCACAAAGUUAACAAAUUGUAUGGUUUAAUGGACCCGUAAGAGAGCUAUUAUGGUGUUUUACCCAUUUAUAUUGUUAGGCUACAGAAGAAUACAUGGCGCUGAAAUCCAUGCGUUUGACUACUUUUUCCAAAUCCAUAGGGCAAAAAGUCACGUAGGCUAUGUUUUUUGCAUAAGGUUUAUCUUGGGCGUCGAGGGUCGGGCUUUAAACUUUUUAGAGCACCCACCGGCAGAAACAUAAAUCGGCGCCUAUGAUUAUAAUGUGUGCAUAAAUAUAUGGAUUUAGAUGCAUGACAAUUAGUUAUGAGUAGGGAUGCACCGAUACAUCGGUGAGACAUCGGAAUCGGCCGAUGUUGGCCCUAUUUACCACCAUUGGCACAUCGGUAAAUAAGGUGACAUCACCGAUGGCAGUCGCCGAUGUUUAUGUUUUGCUACGUGACCGAGAGAAGUCGCAUUAGUGUCGUUGUUUUUAAAUCUGACGGACCAAAUCUGAAGUCAGGGCAUAAUUUUAAAGGAUUAGAACAGUGACUGUAGGUCUGCCGUAACUUUAAAGUCAUUCCGGGGGGCGUCUCCUCUCCUCUGUGAGGAGCUGCUGCUGCACGCUGCGCAUGCUGCAGGACUUCUGCCCCGUGUACCGGGUGUCUGGAGGAUCGGUAAAUUAAGUCCAUUCUUCAGUGUUCUUGGGAGGCCGUUGUUUAUAUUUGUGACUUUGUUAUACUUGCUGCUACUCCCGUUAACUUCCAGAAACUUAGUAUGGCUCGCUCAACCUCUCUCUCGCGCUUACACAUGCACACACGUAUCCCCCACUCUCUCUCUUAAAGGGAUAGGCUGCCUUAGUCUGCAUUGUGCUACCAUUACCGUUUACAUAGUAAAACAUCGGCCAUCGGCAUCGGCAAAAAUGUUAUCCUUAACAUCGGUAUCGGCAUCGGCCGACAUUUUUGCAACCGGUGCAUCCCUAGUUAUGAGGUUAUAAUGAUUUUGUAUUACAUUAAUUUCUGAGUUAAGUUUUUCCGAGAAAAAAUGUAAUGUGAGGAAUAUGCAUUUACCUGAGUAAUGGAGAUACCUUAUUCAGAUGACCAUGAAUUCAUUCUCUUUGUCUUAUUCAUUGUGUAUGUUUACUUGGAAGGCCGCCAGUGCCCGUGCAGUUCCAGUAUUUCCUGCCGGCAUACUCCUCGUCGUACCCUCUGACACACACCUACACCCCCAUCAGCAGCUCUGUAUCUGCCAU